GUGAGAGAGUAGGAGGAGCGCUUCAUGCUGAACAUCUCUCACCACCCCAAAAAAAAAUAGCAUAAGAAAGGAACUGAGAUACUCCGAAAGAGAAAAUACAGACGCAGAAGUGCGCUUCAUAGUCCAACCAAUGGCUCCUUGGACAAAAACAAACACUGAAAGAUAUGGAGUCGUUAAGUGGAAUUUCAUCGCCAAAGCGGAGAAGCAGUUGUCGCUGGUUAUCGGGGAUGCGGUGUACAUUGAAGAGUCAUGCGAAGGAUGGUUCAAAGGUUACACAGUCAAGAACAAGGAGAGGAAGGGAGCGUUUCCAGCCAGCUUUAUAGAGCUGAAGGAGGUCAUCAUCGAAAAGAGAGGUGAUGAGGAGAUCAUCAUGUCUGCUGAGAUGCCCCUGGUGAAGGAGGUCACCACCACACUCAGAGAAUGGGGCAGCAUCUGGAAACACCUCUAUGUGCUGUCCAGCAAGAAGGAGCGCUUCGUUCAGGUGCAGCGUCUGAUGUGGGAUCUGAUGGAGUGGCGUUCGCAGCUCCUGUCCGGGACUCUGCCCAGCGACGAGUUCAAGGAGCUCAAGCAGAAAGUCACCUCCAAGAUCGACUAUGGAAAUAAGAUCUUGGAGCUGGAUGUGGUUGUGCGGGACGUCAAUGGGAAUAUUCUGGACCCGGAGCGAGCCAGCGUCAUCAGCCUCUUCAGAGCACACGAGGACGCCACGGCUAAGAUCACCGAGAGGAUUAAAGAGGAACAGUCUAAUGUUCAGAUGGAGAGUUCAGGAGUGUCUGCGCGCAUACAGUUGUCUCCCACACACAGUCUUUAUGUGUUUGUGCGCAACUUUGUGUGUCGCAUCGGGGAGGAUUCAGAGCUCUUCAUGUCUCUGUACGACCCCAACAAACAGACAAACAUCAGUGAGAAUUAUUUGGUCCGGUGGGGAGAUAAAGGUUUACCGAAGGACAUCGAGAUGCUCAACAACCUGAAAGUGGUUUUUACAGAUCUGGGGAACAAAGACCUGAACCGAGAGAAGAUUUACCUGAUCUGUCAGAUUGUGCGCGUGGGCCGAAUGGAGCUGAAAGAUAACAAUAACAAGAAAUGCACGAUGGGUCUGCGGAGGCCGUUCGGCGUCGCUGUGAUGGACAUCAGUGACAUCAUCAAAGGGAAGACAGAAUGUGACGAAGAGAAGCAAUAUUUCAUUCCCUUUCAUCCGGUCAUCGCUGAGAACGACUUCUUACACACUCUGCUGAAUAAAGUGACGACGACGCGUGGUGACAGUGGAGGACAAGGUCUGUGGGUCACCAUGAAGGCUCUAGUGGGCGAUAUCGUCCAGAUCCGUAAGGAAUAUCCGCAUUUGGUGGACCGCAGCACUGUGGUGGCCCGGAAGCUGGGAUUCCCUGAGAUCAUCAUGCCGGGCGACAUCCGCAACGACAUCUACCUCACGCUGCACUCCGGCGACUUCGACAAGUACAACAAAACCACGCAAAAGAACGUGGAGGUCAUCAUGCUGGUGUGUGACGAGGACGGCAAGGUGGUGCCUAACUCAAUCUGUCUGGGAGCUGGAGAUCGACCUGUAAACGAGUAUAAAUCCGUCAUUUAUUACCAGAUCAAACAACCUCGCUGGAUGGAAACAUUUAAGGUGGCGAUCCCGCUGGAGGAGAUGCCCAGAAUUCACCUGCGCUUCAUGUUUCGUCAUCGAUCUUCACAAGAGUCAAAGGAUAAGAGUGAAAGGAACUUUGCGAUGGCGUUUGUGCGUCUGAUGAAGGAGGACGGAACUGUUCUGAGAGACGGCAUACAUGAUCUCACUGUAUUUAAGGGCGACAGUAAGCGUAUGGAGGAAGUGAGCAUGUACCUGCCUCUGGCGUCGGAGCGCAGUACCUCAGACUGCCACAAGGGGUCGACGCUGAUGCGCAGCUCCAGCAGUGUCGGGGGUCUGUCUGUGAGCUCCAGAGACAUCUUCACCAUCUCAACACUCGUCUGCUCCACCAAACUCACACAGAACGUGGGUUUGUUGGGUCUGCUGAAGUGGAGAACUCGUCCUGAGAUGCUGAAGAAGAACCUGCAGGAGCUCAAACUCAUCGACGGAGAAGAAGUUGUGAAGUUUCUGCAGGACACUCUGGAUGCUCUGUUCAACAUCAUGAUGGAACAUUCUCAGACUGACGACUAUGAUAUUUUGGUGUUUGACGCUCUGAUUUAUAUCAUCGGUCUGAUCGCUGACAGAAAGUUCCAGCAUUUUAACACAGUUUUGGAGGCUUACAUUAAACAGCACUUCAGCGCCACACUGGCUUACAAGAAGCUGAUGUCGGUGUUGAAGACUUAUCUGGAUGUGUCGAGUCGCGGCGAGGCCUGUGAACCCAUCCUGAGGACACUUAAAGCUCUGGAGUACAUCUUCAAAUUCAUCGUCCGCUCUAGAAUGCUCUAUUCACAACUCUAUGAAGGCAAAGAACAGGCUGAGUUUGAAGAAUCUCUCAAAAGUUUAUUCGAGUCCAUCAAUAACCUGAUGAAAAGCGACUACACCACUACACUACUGCAGCAGGUGGCUGCUCUGAAGUAUUUACCAACAGUCCUGCAAGAUGUGGAGACCGUUUUUAAUGCUAAACUCCUCAGUAAGCUGUUGUAUGAUUUCUACACCUGUAUCCCUCCGGAUAAACUACAGAAACACAAAGUGAGCUCCAUGACUGAGAUAGUGGGCAGCAGACUCUUCCAUAGACAAGACUGCCGUGAUGUGCUGUUACCCAUGAUGCUUCGGGAACUGGCAGGGGGUCUGGCGUUGAUGGAGGGACUUCAGGAUGAGAAGAAAAACAGCAUCGAACUGCUCAACAACAUCCUGGAGGUGCUCAGCCGCAGCGACGUGGGGGACACAUUUCAGCACAUUCAGGACAUCGUGUCGUCUCUGCUGAGGACAAUAAACCGCACAGUCAUCACCAUGGGCCGGGAACACACUCUUAUUGUGAGUUACACACACCUGAUCCUCUCUAUUGCCUUUUCUCUUGCUCCCUUUUUGGUCUCACUAUCAUUAUGGCUCAUUAAAGGUGAUUUAAACACAAAACAAAACGUUUAAAAUACACAGUUUUAUUGACGUCAUCUUAAAUAUCUCAAUUACAAACAGGUGGAGGGGGAGUGCAUUGUGGGAAAUGGAGUUGUAGACUAUUCAGAAUAUCGGCGUAUAAAAAUACAUUGAUUAUAAUAUUUGUUAUUCUAUAUAUCUGUCUAUAUAUAUAUAUACUGUAUGUUUUCAAGUCUGGACAUGAAGACAGGACAGGUAGGAAGACGUGUGUUUAAACCAGAGCAUGUGAUAUUCCUACAACAAGUGUUGGUCUGUUUGAGAAAGUGUGUAUUCAUUAUGAGGAAUCGACCAUGUUUGGGAACAACGAACAUUUACACUUCUUUAUGUGAGAUUGUGUGGAAGAUAGUGGUCUGCAUUAAUGGGUUGUUCAUGUCAUAGUAAAAUUAACAUAAUUACUACUGUGCUGUUUUUGUUUGACUCGUAUUUUACAAGUUGGAAACUCACAAUUUAAUAAAACACACACUUGACUCAUGUGAAAUGAAAAAACGUUGCAGCAUCUUUAAUUAUAGGCAAACAACUAUUAGAUGAGCUAUACCCAAAUAUUUAAUAGUUUUAUUAUAGCUAAUAGGGAAUAUUGAGGCUAAUUUAAGUAGCAUACCUGUCAACCCUCCUGUUUUUCCCGGGAUUCUCUCGUAUUUUACAGUUCUACCCUGCUAUCAUCCCGUAU